UCAUCCGAAACCACCGUCAUCGUUCAAAACAUCAACAAUGACAUCGGCAAGUGAUGAGCCAGAUCCCAAGAUGUCACGGCUGCUGAAGCUCGCACAGAAGUUCAACUGUUUCUAUCUGAACGGUUUCAUGAAAGGUGACUGCCGUCCGUUCGUUGUGGACGGCCACCAGGUGGGACUGGUCAGCCAGAAUGUGAUCGAGCAGCUGCUCAAACAUCCCGAAGUAUUUCACAUCCGUGCACCGGAGCAUGGCAAACAGAAAAUUGUCGAACUGAAUCCUGCUUUCCGGGAUUACAAUACACGCUCGCAACAGGUCGACCGGAUACUGCGCGAAUUUCGCCAGCAGGGCAUGUUUGUUGCGCUCAAAGGAUGGCGUGACGAAUGCUACGACGUGAAAUCGUCCACCGGCUCCCUGCUCAAGAUGGACCGGUCGGCAACGUGCCUGUUCGGGGUGCGUAACUACGGUGUGGAAAUUAAUGGGUACGUCCGUCACCCAACGAAGGGCCUCUGCAUUUGGCUUCAGCAACGAUCCGACACGAAGCAAACGUGGCCCGGCAAGUGGGACAAUAUGGUAAGCGGUGGGCUGGCGGUCGGGUACGGUGUGCUUGAAACGGCCAUCAAGGAAGCGGCCGAGGAAGCCUCGAUACCGGGACACCUGAUCAAGAAUCUCGUGUCGGCCGGGUGUGUGUCGUUCUUCUUCGAAAGCGAACGUGGCCUGUUUCCCAACACGGAGUUCGUGUACGAUCUCGAACUGCCGGAAGACUUUGUGCCUGAUAAUUCGGACGGUGAGGUGCAGAACUUUCAGCUUUUGCCGGCCAACGAGUGUCUCGAGCGGGUGUUCAUGCCCGACUUUAAAACUACUAGCUGUCCGGUAGUGAUCGAUUUUCUCAUCCGUCAUGGUAUUAUUACGCCGGAAAAUGAAUCAAACUUUACGCAGGUUAUCGAGCUACUGCACGUUCCGCUGCAGAGCCUAUACACCUACCGUACGACGCCAAACGAAGAAGCGGCCAAUGUCCACGUGACUACCACAACUAAUCCCGCCACAGCGGCAACAACAAACCAACGAGAUCUCAAUACUAGCAGCAAUAAUACAAACAGUAUCGAAAAUGGUAAGCUCUAAAAUCAAUCUAAC